UCAGAAAGUGUCAAAGCAAUUUACCGAUAAAUGUUCUUUUUUAUUCAAUAAAAACAGUAUAAAUCGUUCAAGGUGCCUUUUUUCUGGAUAUAACAGCUAAAAAAACAUCGUCAUGGCUUCGAGCGAGGUGACGAAGCUUCAGCAGCAUCUGACGCUGCUGAAGGAGGAGUACAGCAAGUUGCAGAGCCACUGCGCCGAGGUGGAGCGCAAGUACACUCUUGUGGCAGCGUCGGCGGGGGACCUGAGCGAAACCAGUUUCGUGGCUCGGCUUCUCAUGACUGUAGCCACCCUGUAUGGCAGAGAUACGUACUCGGACAUCACCAUCAAACUGCAAAGCAAGUCUAUGCCUGGCCACAAAUUUGUAUUGAAUGCGCGGUCUGAUGAUUGGAAUGAAGAAGCACUUAAAAACCUUGAAGAAUUGGACUGGUCCAACCUACCCGAUGACAUCGGGGCAGCUCUGCUCAAGUGGCUGUACACAGACGUGGUUGACCUUUCCCGAGGGGAAACGUUUGCGUUGCAGCUUAUGAAGUCCGCUGCUGGCUUCAAACUACACGGACUGGUUGGGAAGUGUGAACAGGCACUCAUAGCUACUGUUGGUGUUAGGUCCUGUGUUAAAUUCUACUCAGCAGCUGAUGAGAUUGGGGCUUCGGCACUCAAAGAGCACUGUUCUGGACUGAUAUCUGCUCACUGGGAUGAUCUCACAGGUGACGACUUCGCGCACAUGUCUUCGGCGCUCCUGUACCGAAUGCUGAAGAGCAAGACUGCCCAGCCUUUGCACGGCGCCGUGCGGCUCAUGCGGGAAGACGUCGUCUUCCUCUGCCUCGUCGAGAACCACGCGAAUUUGACGGACAUAGUGAAUGCUAUGUCUUCGCGAGGCGAGCUGCCUUUGGAGCUGGCUCUCCGAGGGCGCAGCGCCUCGAUUGCCACUACGUUGCUUCAGCAUUGCGCAGACGCCGACGCGCGUGGACCGCGCGGCAGAACUCUAUUACAUAGGGCGGUGGAUUCAAGAGACGCGUUCUCGGCCAAGUUCUUGGUCGAGAAUGGAGCUGAUCCUAAUCUUACGACCAAAGAGGAAGGUGACACGGCUCUUCAUCUCAUCGCUGCACUCACAUCGAGCUCGUGCGAUGAAGACACGAUGGACCAAAUGGCUGAAAUAGUUGAAACCAUGAUCUCUAAGGGAGCUGACAUCAAUCGACAGAACAGAAAAGGAUUCACACCUCUCCACCAGGCAGUAAUAGCGCGAAACCAAAGGAUAUUUGACAUACUACUGAAACAGCCAAACUUAGAUACCAACUUACGAACGGUAUCCGACGAACACCCGCCCCUGUACUACGCUCUCGUGGACGAUCGACGCGCGUCUAUAUCGUCCAGCGAGACGCUGGUCAUGAACGGGUCGAACCCUUUCGAUACUCCGGUCACGAACAAGAAUGCCUUUGCUGAGGAUCCAGUGGAGGGAAAAACGGAGAAUAUUGUCGAAAGAGGAUUUGCAGCGAAGCUGAUAGAGAAAGGGUGCCUCGCCAACCCGCUGUAUUCGGGAUCGGGAGACAGCUUGCUGCAUAUUCUUGCUCAAGGGUGGUUUGAGGACUCAGCAGUAUUCCUAGCCACAAACCUGAACGGGGAGUUAAACCACACUAACGAGGCUGGACUGACGGUGCUACACGCGGCGUGCGCCAACGGCCUAGCGAGGCUCACGACGGCCUUACUAGAGCACGGCGCGCGGCCUAAUAUACAGACGUCUUACGGGGAGCAAGAGGACACGGUGUAUAGGCAAACUCCACUCCAUCUGGCUGUGCUAAACAACCACGAGGGGGCGGUACUGGCGAUCCUAGAAUACAAGAAACAGGUGGAGAAGGGCGACUUUCCGUCCACAGACCGCAGCAACGCCAGUUUAGUGCCUAACCUUAAUCUCAAGAACUCCGAAGGCGACACGCCUGUUAGCUUAGCGCUUACUGAAGGUCACAAAAACAUUGUGGCGCCUUUGAUCGAGGGAGGCGCGGACCCAAACAUCCGCAAUGGUAAAGGUUUCACGCUUCUGCACCAAGCUAUCGUCGAAGAAGACUCGAGGACUGCUAUCUACUUGCUCGAUCAUGGAGCUGAUAUGGAUGCUUUAACGGAAGCUGGUGAAACUCCUCUUCAGUUAGCCAUCCACUGCCGCCUCGGCUUAGUGGUGGAAGCGCUGUGCGUCCGUGGAGUAGACAUGAGCAGACUCGACGCGAAUGGAGUGCCGCCUCUGUGGGCCGCCCUGGACUCUGGACAGGAGGAAGUUGCUAGCAUCUUGGUGAGGAACGGAGCUGAUGCCGAUUGCUGGGGCCCAGGUCCCGAUGGAUGUCUUCAAACUUUACUUCACAAAGCGAUCGACGAGAACAAAGAAGCGCUCGCGACGUUCCUUAUCCGCUCGGGCUGCGAUGUGGAGUCCCCGCGGCGGCCGGGCGCAAACGGUGCGGGCGCAGACGUCGUCGCCGAUCAACACACACCGUUGCAUUUGUGCUGUACUUGGGGGCUUACAGAAGUCAUCCAGACACUCCUGGAACACGGCGCAAACAUAAACUCCAAAGACUUCGAAGGGAAGACGCCUCUUCACAUCGCCAUAGAGAACCAGCACUCGGCGAUCAUCUCGCUCCUUCUCUCUCAGCCGGGCAUAGACUUGUCGGCCAGAGACAAUAGAGGAGUGUCGCCAUUCGCCGCUGCGCUGACAGCGAGGAACAAUAAAGCUGCUCAAGCUAUAUUAGAAAAGAAUCCGUCCGCGGCCGAACAGGUCGACAAAAAAGGUCGCAAUUUCCUGCAUGUAGCCAUCCAGAAGUGCGACAUGGAGAGCGUGAUGUUCCUGCUAUCGGUCGAGGUGGACGUGAACUCGCGCGUGCAGGACGCGUCGCUAGCGCCGCCGCUGCACCUGGCGGCCGCCGCCGGCAACGAGGUGCUGCUGCGGAGCCUGCUGCUGGCCGGCGCUAGGCCAAACGACCGCGACGCGCACAAACGCACAGCCCUGCACGUGGCAGCGGGCGCAGGCCAAGCCGUCAUCGUGAGCGCGCUAGCGAGUGGAGGCGCCGAGUGUGGCGCGGUGGACGCCGCUGGGGACACCGCGCUGCAUGUAGCGGCGCGCGAGGGACACGCCGCCGCCGCGCGAGCUCUACUCGCCGAUACUGAUAUAGACGCCGCUGCUACUAAUCUUAAAGGACGUAACCCUCUACACGAGCUAUGCUGGUGCAAAAAAGACAACGCAGCCACGAUAUGCGAAAUAUUCCUCGAGUUCAUGCCGGACUACCCCAUCAAUAGGACUGAUUUACAGGGUAAUUCCCCGCUGCUGCUAGCCUACAUGAACGGGCAGGGCGCGAUGUGCCGCGCGCUCGUGCGCGCCGGCGCCUGCCUCGCGCAGGAGAACAAAGAUGGCGUCUCCAUCUUCAACUACCAGGUGGCGACGAAGCAGCUGCUGCAUAGACUCCUCGACGCGCUGCCGGCCGAGGCGCCGUGGGCCGAGAGCGACCUGUGCCAGGAGUGCGGCACCAAGUUCACGCUCACCAUGCGGAAGCACCACUGUCGUCACUGCGGUCGCAUGCUGUGCAACAAGUGUUCCAGCCAGGACGUGCCCAUACUGAAGUUCGGCAUGAACAAGCCGCAACGCGUCUGCGAGAUUUGUUUCAACGUGCUGCAAGUCGGCGCCAGUUAGUAACGAGGAGGCUCCGUAGACUGCGGUGUGAUAUUCGCGGGUAGAUGCAUAGAUCGCUGCGUCCGGGUAUUGCCGACGAUGUUAUGGCAGACAGCAAGCUCAAGAUUAGAUACUUUCUGAUUUAAUAUAAAUAAUAUACUUAGCAGAUUAGGAAAUAGUACGGAUAACGGCUCAACAAGUACUACGGCACCUUAUGUAGUUGUUAAUAAGGUCGGUUUUUGUAACUAAAGUGUAUUUGCAGUCUUGCACUUUGCCCCUCGUCGCCAAUUCGGGUGCAGCGAUGAAUGAAUGCAGCUGAAUGGCGUGUGCGAUGGAUGCGAGCUAUGCGUAUUUUAUAUUUUAUACUGAUUGUUAGUAGAUAUUUUAUUACUUAAACUGUAAAACGGAUUACAAACGUAUCCGAUAUGCUUGUCAGUAUAAUUAUGGAAGGAUGUCAGUGCAUCCUGAAAUUUUAUUUCUUGAUUAUUUUAAUUUUGUUAAGUAUUUUUUAGGGUCACAAAAUGUGUUAUUAAGACGGUUUUAUGUUGGGAUGUGGAUCUUACAUUAUGCUUCAAUAAACCAAUUUUAUGGCUAAAAUAAUUAAAAUUAUGUAGUUCACAGGCAGUUAAUAAAAAAAAAAGCCGCACGAUAUCUAUUUUCCAUUCAACGAUUAUUCGUGAUAAAUUGUUUAACGCUUAGUAGACGCUAAUUACUAGUCUAAGUUCAAAAUUGUGCCUCAACUUAAAUUCAAUUUGUUUGUGACUUAUUAUGCCAAAGCCAGGCAAAUUCCUUGUCUGGAGAACCUUAACAAUUUGCGAAAGAAUGUGGUUUCACCGCUUUUGAGAUGUCAAUUGGAUACUCAGGUAGUAGUUUAUGAACAUGAUUACACAAUGAAUUAUUCUUAGUCUAAGAACUUGUUUUAUCAAAACUUUAUAACAAUAAAGUGAUGAUUAAUAUUAAUAUGUAUUCUUUUUGCAAUUAAGUAUCAAAUGUGUUGACUUUCAGUGAUUUCCGCAUUUAUUGUUUUUUUUUUCACAUUCCUAAGCUUGACUUUAUUUUUCUGUAAUUUUAGGAAGUUUUAUAUACCUCUAGUGUAUUGUGAUAAUAAUUGGAGUAUACAUAAUUCAAAUUUUUAAAUAUCCAAGAUUUAUCAUGUAUUUUUUGUCUUAGCUUCUAUUAAAUUGUGCCAUUUGUAUUUAUUCUGAAUUCUUUGAGCGUAUAUUUUCAGAUAUAUUUUUAGUUUAACUAUUAUGUACUGUGUUGUUUUCUUUCCAAAUGUUUAUAUUUGCUAUAAUAAAAAAAUAUUAUACAAA